CCAGAGGGUUAUGAAUAUGGGAUGAGGCCGGGGCCACGGCCCUCGUCAUGCGGGCCCGGCAGGCGGCGGGAAGCGGCGGCGGCGGGGCGCAAGAUGGCGACCGCCAUGUACCUGGAGCACUACCUGGACAGUAUCGAGAACCUGCCGUGCGAGCUGCAGCGGAACUUCCAGCUGAUGCGGGAGCUGGACCAGAGGACAGAAGAUAAGAAAGCAGAAAUUGACAGUCUUGCGGCAGAAUACAUUGAGUCAGUGAAGAACAUGUUACCUGAGGAGCGAGUGGAACACCUGAAGAAAAUCCAGAGUGCCUACAGCAAAUGUAAAGAGUACAGUGAUGAUAAAGUCCAGCUGGCCAUGCAGACGUACGAGAUGGUGGAUAAGCACAUCCGCCGGCUGGAUGCAGACUUGGCACGAUUCGAAGCAGAUCUGAAGGACAAACUGGAAGGCAGUGACUUUGAAAGCCCUGGAUCUCGAAGCCUGAGAAAGGGACGGAGUCAGAAAGACAAAAGAGGCUCUCGCGGUCGAGGCAGGCGAACAUCUGAAGAAGAUACACCAAAGAAAAAGAAACUCAAAGGAGGAUCUGAGUUUGCUGAUACCAUCCUGUCAGUGCAUCCCUCAGAUGUCCUAGACAUGCCAGUGGACCCCAACGAACCCACCUACUGCUUGUGUCACCAGGUGUCCUAUGGAGAAAUGAUUGGCUGUGACAACCCAGAUUGCCCAAUUGAAUGGUUCCACUUUGCUUGUGUGGACCUCACCACCAAACCGAAAGGGAAAUGGUUUUGUCCUCGUUGUGUUCAGGAAAGAAAGAAAAAGAAGUAAGGAAUAGAGGGGAAUACAUCCUCUGAGGCAAGAAGAAUUUAAUAUAUUCCUUCCUUCAUGUUGCAAUAUUAUCUUUGAUUUUUUUUCCAACAACCCUCUUUCUUUUUCUGGUAUGAUAUUUAAUUGCCCAGUGGCCAGUUGUAAUUCCUGUUCUUUCAUAAGAAAAUUACUUUGGGAGGGAGGGAGUUUGCCACAGGGAUUUUAUUUAUGUCACACUUGCACAGCACUGAAAUCGGUGUUACUAUGAAGUGCUAGGGCAGCCAGUAGCUGUAGUCUGUGCUAGUUUAUUGGAGUCCGUGAAACUCUGUAAGGCAUUGCAGGAGAAUGAAAUACCUGUGUCUUCAGCAUGGUGCAUCGCCAUCAUGGAAACAGUUUAGGCCUGGAGCUUGGUGUGGCAAAGAUGGAAUUUUUUCCUAUUAGUCUGCAUGAAAGAAGUAGGCUCCAUUGCUUAGGUGUGAAGUCCAUUUGUUGUACAGUUUUGUAGUACAGAAAAGAACAGGAAAGCUGGUUAACUGUUUCCAGGGUUGGCUUGCUCAACGCCAAGUACUGUGCUUAGUUUUGACAGGGCAGGGAUGGGAGGGAGGUCAGAUCAAACUUUCUCUUUUGGGGAGUUUCUUCUGUCUACUUUUGCACUGCCUUUAUUUUACUUGAUCUUGCCCCCAUUCACAUGAACCUUAACAGAAGCAAGCCAUUUGGCUUUUCACCUUCUUCUAGAAGAGGUUUGUUUUUUGGGGAUAAAAGCCUUUAAAUAGCAAAGGCAUUGUCCUGCAGUGUUUCUCAGUGAUUGUAAUAUUGAGAGAGGGCCUUACUUUUCCUGGCUGGUUCCAUUUCUCCGAAGAUCCUUUAAGUACAUUACUGUGAAGAUGAAACCGACAGUAUUCUUGCAGAGACAGAAGGUCGGAUUUAUUCAUAAAAUAAGACGAAGACCUGAUUUUUGUAACCUGUGUUUGCCUGUGUUGGACUUGGGUAAAUAAGGAAGACGAGCUUUAGGGAUGAUGUGUACUUUCCCAUGGUGGUGUGGGAAAGCUGAAGGGCACCACUUGGUAGUUGGGUUUGCUGUGAAGCACUGCCAGGGAAGAGGGCCAUUCAGCAGGAAUGUGUUAAAAUGACUUCACUUCUUUUUUUCAGUGGAGGGCACAUUUGCAUGUUCUUGACUUCUUUAAGCUGCCUUUCAGAUCAUGAAUGUGAAUCCUUGCUGUCAUCACAGUGUCAGUUGCUGCAGCGGAAGGAAGAGAAGGAAAUCAGGAGUAGGAAAACAAAAGUCUUUCGGGUUUUUUCCUUCCUCUGAGUUACAGUGGAUGCAGAAGUUGAGGGAAGAGCAGAGAUGACUCUUGUCUUCAUAUAUAUAUAUAUAUAUAUAUAUAUUUCCCCUGUUUUAUGGGGCUUGCUUGCCUAGCAUAAAAGGUGGUGUGGGGAAAGGUGGUUCUGCUGGUGGAGGGAAAAAAAAAAAGCUGCCCCAAACGAAAACCCCCUGCAGCAAUAGGCACCAGGGUUCAUGAACUUUGCUGGCUGUGAUCCUGAUGGGUGUUGAUGGCAGCUCUGUGCUGGGCUGUGUACUACUUUGCAUACCAUUGUGCAGGAGCUCUUGGUAUAGACUGCUGGAAAGGCAUUAAGAAACUUCCAGAUAAGCUUUUGUUCUGCUGUAAAAACAAUCAGAAAAAACAGUACAGAGGAAAAAGAAACACUUUUAGUCAGAUUUUGGCACCUGUUUCCAAAAGAAAAAAGUUUUUUCUCUGCAUUACUAACCCUCUUACUUGUGUUUUACAAUGAAAAAAAGUAGAACACAGCUCUUGCCAUUUUUCCUUCCGUCCUUUGCUCUGUUGGGCUUUGUAGAUGCUGCAGGUAUGUUAAGACUGACAUGGAAGAAACCUCUUGAUACCGAGACAGCUUUUCUGUGAACAUUUUGAUUUAGUGCAUCUGCUAUGGAAAAAAAAAAAAAAACAAAAAAACAAAACAAAAAAAAAAAAAAAACAAAAACAGAAAAACAACCAAAAACCCAAACAUGUCUGCAGGGUCCUGCCAUUUAAACUGUGAUAUUGCACGUGCCUCUGCUCCGUUGCAUCACUCCGCA